AUGUUGAAACUGACCCUUCUACGGGCCCAGAGGCCCGUAAGAUUUCCUUUGCUUGCGACUGGAUCGUGGGCCGGUCUUAGGUUUAACUCAUCGACAGGAAAGGGUAAGGACCCCAGGGACUCUAAGGACUGUAAGGACUGUAAGGACUCUAAGGACUCUAAGGACCCCAAAGACUCUAAGGACUAUAAUGUCCCUUUAAGGGAUCUAGAAAACUUCUCGCCGGAUUUAUCUUCACGGGUCUCGAAUCCCAGUGGAUCUCUUCCAGGUAUGAACCAAGAGAUUCUCGAUCUCAUGAAACAUCCGAAGGUGGUAUAUAAUCCGGCCAAUAAUAAAGACGAGACUAGAUAUGAAUUUCACGCUCCAAAGACACCCAAAGAGGAAUAUAAGGAAGCGAUCAAGAACAAAGUCCAAGGAAGUUCAAAGAUCAAAAAGUUGUUACCGUCACUACUACUUGGAGCGGGUUUCUUAUGGGUUAUCUAUACAUAUGAUUACUUCACGCGUGAAAAGGAUCCAUAUAGAGACACGGACAGUUCUCUACUAAGAGAGGACAAGUUUUUACCCUAUUUGGUGAGUUUCAAGUAUCGAAUUGAUGACAGUCACUACCUCAUUGAGCUCACUAGAAAGAAUAGAGCUCGGAAGCUCAUUCAUAAUCAACGGCUUUUCAAUGGCGAUAAGAUAUGGAGUAUAGAAAUAGCUAAGCCUGACAUUAAUAUUACACGUAGUUAUACGCCGUUGCCAUUAUUUGUUGCUGGAUUUGAUCCUUUGACCCAAGAACCUCAUUUAAGGUUGGUUUCUAAGGCUGAGCAGGAGGGUAAAUUUAUUCUAAUUGUGAAAAGAUAUCCUGAUGGAGAGUUCUCUCGAUGGUUGACGGGAUUGGGUCUAUUACAGGAGAUCAAGGUGAGGGGGCCUAUACAAGAUUAUAAGUUCCGGUUUCAUCCUUUAGAUCAUUAUCAGGCCAGACCUCAGCUUGGAAAUACUCUCGAAAGGACUGAGCCUGACCACGAGUACCCGGGUCACCUUCCCAAGCCAGAAAAUUUUGUUUUCUAUGGUGCUGGAACGGGUAUUCUACCGUUUUUACAGGUUCUUUACUCUCCGAAUCCUCCAAAAGGUAUCACAGAGGCAUUUGUUUCAGUCCAUAGUGAGUCCAACCUAAUGGGGCAGCUCAGAACAUUGAACUAUUUUGCUGAAAAAUGUGGCCGUGUUAAAUUUCACUAUCUUGUUGAAGACCAGAAUCAGCAUCUUUCUUCAAACGAUAUUCCAAGUCCUACAUUUCCUCAUUUUACCGGUGCUAAGGAUCUUAAAAUUAGCGAAGAGGUGUAUAGGUACAAGCUUCUGCAGGAGAAGAAAGCCGAGGUUCGUCGCCAAGUUGAAGGUGACCCUAUCAAGAAGCCCGAUGAUAGUACUUCUGUAAGCCCUUCAUCAGUCUCCUAUGGUUCUCCUGGUCCCAAUGAUAUUCCAAACUUGGACUUCAGUAAGAUCAAGCCUGAUAAUGCAUAUCAACAAUUCAGGUUUCUUCGUGGAAAGAAAGAACUUCCUCCACCAUCGUUGGCUUUCGUCUGUGGUCCCGAUGGAUACAUCGAUUUUGUGUCUGGUAAACCCAACCUCAACAAUACAGAAAUGAAGGAUAUGGGACCUAUUGGAGGUCUUUUGAAGGAAAAGGGUUGGACAGAAAAUAAUGUCAAGAGAUUGGUCGGCUUGUAG